AUGACUAGUCAGAAAGUAGACUACUCGCUGUACCUCGUAACAGACUCUACAGAAGCCAUUCUGGGCUCGAGAGAUCUGGUUGAAGUGGUUGAGCAGGCAUUGCUUGGAGGUGUCACAAUCGUCCAAUAUAGAGACAAAACCUCAGAUACUGGCAUCUUGAUCUCGACAGCAAAGAAACUGCACGAAAGAUGCAAAGCACACAACAUUCCGCUGCUUAUCAACGACCGCGUAGAUGUUGCUCUGGCAGUAGGUUGUGAGGGCGUUCAUAUCGGCCAAGAUGACAUGAAUGCCCGUGAAGCACGUCGCCUCUUGGGAAAAGACAAGAUCAUCGGCGUAACAGUCUCCUCUGUCGACGAAGCACGUACGGCCGUUGGGCAGGGAGCAGACUACCUAGGAAUUGGUACUCUAUAUGCCACAAACACCAAGAAGAAUACCAAAGACAUCAUCGGAAUUACUGGAAUUCGGAGGAUUCUGCGAUAUCUCGACCAAGGUAACGAGGCAGAGAAGAACGUCAAGACAGUAUGCAUCGGCGGCGUCAACGCUUCAAACACCCAACGCAUAACAUACCAACUUCUUGCCCCAACACCGACCAACGCGACCCCAAAAACCAUCGAUGGUGUCGCCGUAGUAUCCGCCAUAAUCGGUGCUCAGGACCCCAAAGCCGCAUCUUCACACCUCGUCAACCUCCUCAAGACCCCUCCACCGUUCGCCCCUCAAUCGUCACUUCCCCACUUCUACCAUGAAAAGUCCACCGACGAAAUAACCUCAGUCCUCAAAACCGCCACCACCGCAACAAAAAAGGUCAAGGAAAUGAACCCCUUAUCCCACAACAUGACCAACCUUGUCGUCCAAAAUUUCGCCGCAAACGUUGCCCUCUCCGUAGGCGCCAGCCCCAUAAUGAGUAACUACGGUGCCGAAGCUACGGAUCUAUCUAAACUAGGUGGCGCGCUCGUAGUAAACAUGGGUACCGUAACACCCGAAGGACUAGCAAACUAUCAAGCAGCCAUCACUGCUUACAACGCCGCCGGUGGACCCAUCGUCCUCGACCCUGUGGGCGCAGGCGCAACGAGUAUACGCCGAGACGCUCUAGCUAAACUCAUGGGCGCCGGCUACUUCGACCUGAUCAAAGGAAAUGAGAGCGAGAUUCUCGCUGUAGCGCGGGCAAGCGGGUUCAAGCUUGAUAAUUCGACUCAGCAGCGGGGUGUGGACUCUGGUGCCUCGCUCUUUUCUGUGAAGCAAAGAGCGAAUAUCGUUUCUAGUCUUGCGGCGAGGGAACGAGCUAUUGUUCUUAUGACUGGGGCGGUCGAUGUUGUUUCUGAUGGAACAAGGACGUAUGCUGUUUCAAAUGGGCAUGAGUAUUUGGGAAGGAUUACGGGGAGUGGGUGUACAUUGGGUACUACGCUAUCUGCCUACCUGGCUGCGUACCGCGAGGACAAGCUGCUUGCUGCUGUGGCGGGACUAUUGCAUUAUGAGAUCGCGGCAGAAGUAGCUGCGCAGAAGGAGGAUGUCAAAGGGCCGGGAACCUUUGUUCCAGCCUUCAUAGACGAGCUGUGGAACCAUGGGGAGAAGGUGGUGAAGGGGGGUGUGGAACUGAAAGAUGUGGCCAAGGUGGAGUUUAUCAAGGACAUGGACGACGCUGGAUUAUCGGAGGAUCUGUAA